UUGUGUGCGACGGCGUCUGCGCCGGACACCAUGCUGUCAGCGGGCCGGCGAGGUCUGGUCCUCCUCCGGCUGCGGCGCCCCAGGAGGUGGCUAGGGCUCCGAGCUUCUCCGUUCCUGCGGGGCCUUGAGCGAGAGCUCUUGGAGACAGCCCGGUCAUUGUGUUGCGAAUCCUGUCCUAGAAACGCACGAGACGGAGAGGGACGACGUGAAGCGUCACAGAGGAAAGCCCCCAGCACAGAGCCUCCAUCUCUCCCUCUGCGCGUCCGAGGCACUGGGAUCGGAUGUCUUUCCUCACUGGAGGUUCUCAGACAGACGCCGCCGCAAGAGGAGUCACCCUCUCAAGAGCGCGAAGACUCGAGCGGACACCGGGGCCAGCCCGGUCCCGUCCACCAGGGUUCCGGGGGUCCCUUGCCCGCCUCCAUGGCCCAGUCCGUGACUGGGGUAGAAGAGCUUCCUGGCUCCUCUUCCUACCCAGCUUCCAGGGAGGGGUCCUUUCGCGCUGGGGAGCUGAUCUUAGCUGAGACUGGGAAGAGAGAAACACAAUUUAAAAAGUUAUUUAGGUUGAGUAACGCCGGACACUUAAAUAGUAGCUGGGGGAGAGUCCCAUUCAGCGAGAUCGUGGGAAAGUUUCCCGGCCAGAUACUGACGACGACUUCCGGUAAGCAGCUCAUGCUGAGGAGGCCGGCACUGGAAGACUAUGUAUUACUGAUGAAAAGAGGGCCUGCCAUAACGUAUCCUAAGGAUAUGAGUAUGAUACUGUUGAUGAUGGAUAUCCACCCAGGGGAUACUGUUUUGGAAGCUGGCUCAGGCUCUGGUGGAAUGAGCUUAUUUUUAUCCAAAGCAGUUGGAUCACAAGGACGAGUCAUAAGUUUUGAAGCACGAAAAGACCACCAUGAAUUGGCUAAGAGGAAUUAUAAAAACUGGUGUGAUUCAUGGAAAAUGAGUCAUGUAGAUGAGUGGCCAGACAACGUGAAUUUUAUUCAUAAGGAUAUUUCAGGAGCAACCGAAGACAUAAAAACUUUAACAUUUGAUGCGGUAGCUUUGGACAUGUUGAAUCCUCAAGUUGCUUUGCCUGUUUUAUACCCAAAUCUUAAACAAGGUGGUGUGUGCGCUGUAUAUCUAGCCAACAUCACACAGGUUAUUGAGCUUUUAGAUGGAAUUCGCAUCUGUGAACUUGCUCUCUCAUGUGAAAAGAUAAGUGAAGUAAUUGUUAGAGAUUGGUUGGUUUGCCUUGCAAAACAGAAAAAUGGAACUUUAGCUCAAAAAAUAGAACCUAAAAUUAACACCGAUUUACAAUUACAUUCUCAAAAGAAAAUCAGAAUUGAAGGUGAGAUGUUUCAAGAGGAUGACACUGCAGAAGAAUCACAUUCUGAUUUUCCAUAUGGAUCAUUUCCCUAUAUUGCUAGACCUAUACACUGGCAAACUGGUCAUACAGCUUUUCUUGUCAAGCUAAGGAAGUUUAAACCACAACAUAACUGAGUACCUCAGAUGACAGCAAGUGAUUUGAAGAUGGAAAAGUAUCAAAAUAGAACUUUAUAUUGUGAAUCACU